AUGGAGCGCGAUUCAUCUCAAAACCGCAUCCAGAAAUACCCGGUCCUUGUGCAUAGCUGCAACACCAACGCAACACAAGCCAUUUCCCAAUACAAGCUCUAG